CAUUGCAAUAAAAAAUCGCGAUAUUUUACCAUAAAAUAGCUCAGUUUCUUCUUGGUGGCCGUCGGAGACAAACGUAAAUUACAAUGUCUGUUAAAAACGCAUUUGAGACGAGCAAGAUAGUACCCGAUGUCAUCCCAACCGCACCCACGGCUCUCAUUGGGUUGAACUACCCUAGUGGUGCAGUCGCUAAUUUGGGCAAUGAAUUGGCUCCAACAGUGGUGAAGGACCAGCCCACAGUCACCUAUGACGCCGACCCUAGCGCCUACUAUACUCUCGUCUUUACCGAUCCGGACAACUACGAUGGCCCGGAACCAGUGUACCGUGAGUGGCACCACUGGCUUGUUGGAAACAUCCCCGGAAACAAAGUAAGCCAGGGCGAGGUUCUGUCCGGGUACAUCGGAUCCGGACCGCCGGAGGGCACUGGUAUUCACAGAUACGUAUACAUCUUGUACAAACAACCUGGAAAAAUCAACUUUGACGAGACCAGAUUGACCAACAAGUCUAUCGAUGGCCGCGCCGCUUUCUCGACCAAGAAGUUCGCUGAGAAGUACAACUUGGGAGCGCCAGUCGCGGGCAACUUCUACCGCGCACAAUUCGACGACUACGUACCUCUCUUGUACAAGAGCUUGGGCGUUUAAUUCUUAAUAUAGUGGAAUAAACUUAUCUGGCUCGGUGAAGAGCUGUUAUGUGCCAAAUUAAGUCAUUACAGAAAACCUGAGACUUCAUUAGGACUUGACAGCUGAGAAGGAUCCUGUGACACUUUUUUGACAUUGACAGAUGUUAGUGAGCUAUUGUAAUAUGUCACUCAUACACAC